CUUCAGGUCUGUGGGUCCCUGACGGAGGAGCACCCCGAGGUCCUCCCGUUCCUGUCCAACAGACACCACAAAGCGUCGGCUCAAUUCCUUUCAUCGGCCGAGUUCCGGAACGUUCUGUCUCGUUGUUUGAACCGGAUCCGAUCCCGACCCAAUAAGAUUUAUGUCUACAUUAAUGAGCUUUGUACUGUCCUCAAAGCUCACACCCAUAAGAGGAAACUCAACGUGGCUUCGGUACCAACCCAACCUCCAUCACCCAACACCUCGUUGCAUUCGGAAAGUGGAUCAGCACCAUGGACAGCGACGUCGCCUUCAGCACCAGGGACAGCUCCCGCCUCGUCCCAUUCAGCACCAGGGACAGCGCCUCCAUUAUCAUCAUCAUCAUCAUCCUCGUCCCAUCCAGAACAUGGGUCAGAACCUUCAUCCCGACCCGCGGGAGGUUCCAAACGUCAGAUCAGUUACUUAGAGAACCUCCUUCGGGUCUACACGGGUGAGAUCCGCCGCCUCCAAGAGAAAGAAUUAGACCUAGACGAACUGGACAGCGAAGAUUCCACGUAUCUCCAAGAGAGUCGCUUGAAGAGGAAGAUGAUGAGGAUCUUCCGAAGGCUUUGCGAGCUCAAGAGCUGCAGCAGCUUAACGGGGAGGGUCAUAGAGCAACGCAUCGCCUACAGGGGGACCCGCUACCCCGAGGUCAACAGGAGGAUCGAGCGCUUCAUCAACAGGCCCGACGUGUUCCCUGAUUACACCGACAUCUUGAAGGUGAUCCAGAAAGCCAGCGGGAGGUACAGCCUAGGGCUGAGCAGGAAGCAGAUGGAGAGCAUGGCCCAGGACGCCUUCAGGGAGGUGGGGAACAGGCUGCAAGAGAGGAGGCACCUGGAUUUGGUGUAUAACUUUGGGAGUCAUCUGACGGAUCAGUACAGGCCAGGCUCAGACCCUGCCCUGCUGGACCCGGCGCUGGCCAAACGUUUGCGCCGUAACCGCACGGUGGCGCUGAGUCGGUUGGACGCCGUGAUCCAACGCUACGCGCAGCUGCAGGACGUCGGGGAGCACAGCGACAGGGACAGGAACAGGGCGGCCAGGAGCCUCCGAGGCAGCACCAGGAGGAGCCGCGAGGAAGAGGAAGAAGAAGAGGAAGAAGAGGAAGAGGAAUCCGAGAAGGAGGAGUCGGAGGAGGAGGAAGAAGAGGAAGAUGAGGAAGAAGAAGAGGAGGAGGAGGAGGAAGAAGAGGAGGAAGAAGAGAACGAGUCCGAUGGAGCACAGGGAAAAGAGGAGGAAGAGGAAGAGGAAGAGACCAAGAGUGAAGUGAAGGCUGAGAGCGAAGACACGGCUCAGGCCCCACCCCCCCAUGAUGAAGAGGAGGCUCCGAGGCCGAAGGCUGCCGAGCUGUUUGUGCUGGAGAUCCAGGCGCUGCCAUUGGACAACAACGAGACCCCCCCGGCAUCGCCCGGACCCUCGGAGGCCACCCCAAAAGCCGCCCCCACCUCCCCACAACCAUCCGGCCCCAUAGAAAACCCCAAAUCCAGGACUUUUAGCCCUAAAAAGGAAGGGGACGAAGCCGGCUGCCCUAUAGGGUCGGAGCCGCAAUGGACUCGACCCCAAACCCCGUUAAAAAGGGGUCGCGAGAGCCCCAGCCCCAUAGAAAAUGGGGGGCGGGAUGGGGGGCGGGGGGGGGAUGGGGGACCCAUCAGUUCCACCAGCGUCAAUGGGAACGUGUCGCCUCACCCCAAAAGGAGCCGCACGGACCCCAUAGCGGGAAGCCCCUGCCUGGAGCUGCACAGCGUGGGCUCUGAGGAUGAAGGUGAUGGUGGGGGGGGGGGGUCCCGGUUGAGCCCCCUCCCCGAUUCAACAAGGGCUGAUUCACCCGGCCGGGAUCUGGUCAGCAGCUCCCAGGGGAGCCCCAGGAGACCCCCACCCAAAAAGGCAUGCAAGGUUAGGGGGGGAUACUAG